AUGAAGAAAUCACGUGGCCAUAAGUCAGACCACGGAAAAGGAGGAAGAGGCGAUGAGGCAGCCAUCUUGGAGACAGAGGACCUGGACUUCAUGGGAGGAAUGGGAGGGGGAGGGGGUCCUGACCCCGACACCAUCUCCCUGGCCUCAGUCACAGCCGUCACCACUAAUGUCUCCAACAAGAGAUCAAAACCAGACAUUAAGAUGGAACCUAGUGCCGGGAGACCAAUGGAUUACCAAGUUAGUGUUACCAUCAUAGAGGCCAGGCAGCUAGUAGGGCUGAACAUGGAUCCAGUGGUCUGUGUGGAGAUCGGAGACGAUAAGAAGUACACUCAGAUGAAGGAGUCAACAAACUGCCCAUACUACAAUGAGUAUUUUGUCUUUGACUUCCACGUCCCACCUGAUGUUAUGUUUGACAAGAUCCUGAAGCUGUCGGUAAUCCACUCCAAGAACCUGCUGCGUAGUGGGACUCUGGUUGGCUCUUUCAAACUGGAUGUAGGCACUGUCUACUCGCAUCCAGAACACCAGUUUUUCCACAAAUGGGCCCUUCUCUCUGACCCUGAUGACAUCACUGCCGGGUGCAAAGGUUACAUUAAAUGUGACAUCGCUGUCGUGGGGAAAGGAGACAACAUCAAGACUCCACACAAGGCCACCGAAACCGAUGACGAUGACAUAGAAGGUAACCUCCUGUUACCUGAGGGGGUUCCCGCGGAGCGUCAGUGGGCUCGCUACUAUGUGAAGAUCUACAGAGCCGAGGGCCUUCCCAAGAUGAACACCAGCAUCAUGGCUAAUGUCAAAAAGGCUUUCAUAGGGGAGAACAAGGACCUUGUGGACCCUUAUGUACAAGUACUCUUCGCUGGCCAGAGGGGGAAAACAUCUAUCCAGAAAAGCAGCUACGAGCCAAUCUGGAACGAGCAGAUCGUCAUCACUGAGAUGUUUCCACCACUCUGCAAACGCAUGAAGGUCCAGAUCCGAGACUCGGACAAAGUGAACGACGUGGCCCUCGGAACACACUUCAUUGACCUGAGAAAGAUCGCCAAUGAUGGAGACAAAGGCUUCCUUCCCACUCUGGGUCCGGCCUGGGUGAACAUGUAUGGCUCCACUCGUAGCUACACCAUCAUGGACGAGCACCAGGACCUGAACGAGGGUCUGGGGGAGGGGGUGUCCUUCAGGGCCCGCCUGCUGGUCAGCCUGGGUGUGGAGAUCCUGGACACCUCCUCCCCUGAGAUCAUGAGCUCCACCGAGGUGCAGGUGGAGGGGGUGCCCAACAUCUCAGAGAGCGCCACAGGGAAAGUAGAGGAGUUCUUCCUCUUCGGGGCGUUCCUGGAGGCCACCAUGAUUGACAGGAAGAUCGGGGACAAACCAAUCAGCUUCGAGGUUACAAUAGGUAACUAUGGAAGCGAAAUUGACGGUGUGACCAAACCCAAGUCGAGUAGCGGGAAGAAGGGUGGGGGAGACGGAGAUGAAGAGGAGUCAGAGCUGAUCCAAGGCUCCAGUGAUGAAGAGGAGGGAGAUGAUAAUGACCUGGUCUCAGUGUCCUCCACCCCGCCCAUGAAACCGGUCAUCACCGACAGAAACUAUUUCCACCUGCCUUACUUUGAGAGGAAGCCAUGUAUUUACAUCAAGAGCUGGUGGCAGGACCAGAGAAGAAGACUGUACAAUGCCAACAUCAUGGACAACAUCGCAGAUAAACUGGAGGAGGGUCUGAACGAUGUUCAGGAGGUCAUUAAGACGGAGAAGGCCUAUCCUGAACGCAGACUGAGAGGGGUCCUGGAGGAUCUCGGCAACGGAUGCAGUCAGUUUCUGACUCUGGCUAACAAAGACCAGAAUCAGACUGGGAGGACCAAGCUGGACAAGGAGAGACUCAAGUCCUGCAUGAGGGAACUGGAGAGCAUAGGUCAGCAGGCUAAGACCAUUAGGAUGCAGGUGAAGAAGAAUACAGUGAGGGAUAAGGUCAAGCUGGUUCAGAACUUCCUCCAGAAGCUCAGGUUCCUAGCUGACGAGCCGCAGCACAGUAUCCCUGACAUCUACAUCUGGAUGAUGAGUAACAACAAGCGUAUUGCCUACGCCCGUGUCCCCUCCAAAGACAUCCUGUACUCUGGGGUGGAGGAGGAGACUGGGAAGGACUGUGGCAAAGUCAAAACCAUCUUCUUCAAGCUGCCUGGUAAGAAGGGCUUUGGGGCAGCUGGCUGGACAGUGCAGGCUAAGACAGAGAUCUACCUGUGGCUGGGUCUGAACCGUCAGAGGAAGGACUUCCUGUCUGGGCUGCCCAAUGGCUUUGAGGAGAACAAGAUGCUGAAAGGACCUGGCUCGCAGUCUGCUCCCCCCAUCAGCCUCACAUACAUGAUGAAGCAGAUCUUCCAGCUGAGGGUCCAUAUGUACCAGGCUCGCAGCCUGUUUGCAGCAGACAGCAGCGGCCUCUCAGACCCCUUCGCCAGGGUCUUCUUCUCCACACACAGCCAGGUCACAGAGGUGCUGAAUGAGACACUGUGCCCCACCUGGGACCAGCUGAUGGUGUUUGACAACAUAGAACUGUUUGGAGAGGUCGGAGAACUGAGGGACGACCCUCCCAUCAUCGUCAUAGAAAUCUAUGACCAGGACACGGUGGGCAAAGCAGAGUUCAUGGGCAGGACCUUCGCCAAGCCCAUAACCAAGAUGGCUGAUGAACACUACGGACCUCCGCGUUUCCCUCCCCAACUAGAGUACUACCAGAUCUAUAGGGGGAACUGCACUGCUGGAGAGAUGCUGGCGGCCUUCGAACUGUUGCAGAUUGGUCCUCAUGGUAAAGCUGACCUGCCGCCCAUCGAUGGUCCUACAGACAUGGACCGUGGUCCCAUCCUACCUGUCCCUCUGGGCAUCAGACCAAUCCUCAGCAAGUACAGGAUCGAGGUGCUGUUCUGGGGCCUGAGGGACCUGAAGAGAGUCAACCUAGCCACGGUGGACAGGCCUCGUGUGGACAUAGAAUGUGCCGGUAAAGGAGUCCAGUCUUCCCUCAUCCAGAACUACAAGAAAAAUCCCAACUUUGGCACCCUGGUCAAGAUGUUUGAGGUGGACCUGCCUGAGAACGAGCUACUCCACCCUCCCCUGAACAUCAGAGUGGUGGACUGCAGAGCGUUCGGACGCUACACCCUGGUGGGGAACCAUGCUGUCACCACCCUACGCAAGUUCAUUUACCGGGCAGCAGACAAGCACGCCAACAACUGGAACACUCAAGAGGAGAUCAUUGUCAACUAUGAGCCAGAGCCCACCAUCAAGAAGAUGGAGACCAUGGUUAAGCUGGACUCUGGGUCUGAUGCUGUGGUUAAAAUUGAGGUAGGUGAGGACGAGAAGGGAGGGAAGAAGAAGAAGAGGAAGAAGGGAGGAGACGAGGUGGAGGAGGAGGAGUUUGAUGAGAGCAUGUUGGAUUGGUGGUCCAAGUACUUUGCCUCGAUCGAAACUCUGAUGGAGAUUCUCAAAGCUCAGGAGGCAGCUAUGGCGGAUGCUGAGGAGAAAGAGGACCAGGAUAUUGCUGCUGAGGGCGGAGAGAUCAAACCUGAUGACUCUCUUGUCAAAGGAAAGAGAGGCAAGGGAAAGAAGGACAAGAAGAGGGCUGGGCCUGGAGACAUGCCAGAGAAGAAAAAGCACAAAAUUGAUGAGCUACAGAUGUACCCCAAGGAGCUGGAGAAUGAGUUUGAUAACUUUGAAGACUGGCUUCACACCUUCAACCUGUUCAGAGGGAAGGCUGGAGACGACGACGACCAGAACAUGGCGGAUGAAGACAGGAUUAUUGGCAAAUUCAAAGGUUCUCUGUGCAUGUACAAAGUGCCGGUAUCAGAUGAGAUGCAGAGGGAGAUGGGCUUUGACUCCAACAUGGGCAUGUUCCAGAACAUUCCAACUAAUGACCCAAUCAACGUCCUAGUCCGGGUCUAUAUCAUCAGGGCUACUGACCUGCAUCCAGCAGAUAUCAAUGGAAAAGCAGAUCCAUACAUCGCUAUCAAACUGGGCAAGUCAGAUAUCAAAGACAAAGAGAACUACAUCUCCAAACAACUCAACCCUAUCUUUGGCAAAUCCUUUGACAUCGAUGCCACAUUUCCCAUGGACUCCACACUAACAGUUUCAGUCUAUGACUGGGACUUAGUGGGCACUGACGAUCUCAUUGGAGAAACCCAACUGGAUUUGGAGAACCGCUACUACAGCAAGCACAGAGCAAUAUGUGGCAUCCCAUCUAAAUAUGCCAUCCAUGGCUACAACGUGUGGCGGGACCCCCUGAAGCCGACCCAAAUCCUGGCGAAGCUGUGUAAGGAGUGUAAGCUGGACGGGCCACACUACGGCCCUGGAGGACGGGUCAAGGUGGCCAACCGGGUCUUCAUGGGCCCAACUGAGAUCGAAGAUGAAAAUGGUCUGAAGAAGCAGACGGAUGAGCACCUGGCCCUGACAGUGCUGAAGCAUUGGGAGGAUAUCCCCAGGGUGGGCUGUAAACUGAUUCCAGAACAUGUGGAGACCAGGCCACUCCUCAACCCUGACAAGCCUGGGAUCGAACAGGGGAGGAUUGAGAUGUGGGUGGACAUGUUCCCCAAGGAUUUGCCUGCACCUGGACCUGCCAUUGAUAUUUCACCCAGGAAACCAAAGAAGUUUGAACUGAGGGUGAUCAUCUGGAACACAGACGAGGUCAUUCUGGAGGAUGAUGACAUCUUCACUGGAGAAAAGUCCAGUGAUAUCUUCGUGCGGGGCUGGCUGAAGGGCCAGCAGGAGGACAAGCAGGACACAGAUGUCCACUACCACUCCCUGACAGGGGAGGGUCUCUUCAACUGGCGCUUCAUCUACCCCUUUGACUACUUACAGGCCGAGGAGAAGAUCGUCAUCUCUAAGAAGGAGUCCAUGUUCGCCUGGGACGAGACUGAGUAUAAGAUCCCUGCUCGUCUCAACUUACAAGUCUGGGAUGCUGACCACUUCUCUGCAGAUGAUUUUUUAGGCGCCAUUGAGCUGGACCUGAACCGUUUCCCUCGUGGAGCGAAGACAGCCAAGCAGUGCUCCAUCAAUAUGGUGCUGAACGAACAGGAUAUUCCCAUGGUGUCUAUCUUCAAACAGAGGAGGGUCAAGGGCUGGUGGCCCUUCCUGGCCAGAGACGAGAACGACGACUUUGAACUCACGGGGAAAGUGGAAGCAGAGCUGCAGCUGAUGACUGCAGAGGAGGCUGAGAAGAAUCCAGUAGGUGACGGACGCAACGAACCUGAGCCCCUGGAGAAACCCAAUCGUCCAGACACAGCCUUCCUAUGGUUCCUUAUGCCUUUCAAGGCCAUCAAAAACCUCAUCUGCAACCAGUACUUCUGGCUCACGGUCAAGUUAGUGGUGGCUCUGCUGCUGGUGCUCAUCCUGGGCCUCUUCAUCUACAGCAUGCCUGGAUACAUGGCCAAGAAACUAAUGGGUGUCUGAGAGAUAGGGUUGUGUCCUUUGCCCAAACACAUAGACAGACGUAUGUAUAGCCUACUAUGUUUUAAAUGCAGUGCCUACUUUUUCUACAGUGGAGUGCAUUGUUUGGUGUACCUUGAUAAGCGAACAUUGUACAAUGCAGCUCAUUGAAACUCAACUUGGUGUCUGAGAGGGUGUUCUUGUCUGUAAACGUCUACGAUAUCUAUAGGCAGUUAGGUUUCAGCCCCACACAUCAGACCUGGGUUCAAAUACUAUUUGAAAUCAUUUCAAAAUGCAGAUACUUUAUCUUGAUUAGGCUUGCCUGGCUUCAAGGACCAAUAGAAUAGUCAAACUGUAAACCCCACCCAUCUGGUGCUCUAGGCAGUAUUUUAUAGAUUUUACAUAGUAUUUAAACCCAAAUCUGCUACACAUAGACCUAUGUAUGUAUAGCCUACUAUGAUUUUAGUGGAGUGUAUUAUUUUACUUGGUUUGCCAUGAUAGGCAAACACAGUGCUGUGCAGUGCCUUAUGGCUACUGGAAAAAUUGCUUGUCUCCCUUCACUAGUCCUAUGCUCUUCAGCCAAUUGGUGUGUGUUGAUGUGUAGGCCUACUUCCAAAAGUUAUAGAGGUGACUUGAUACUGUAGUUUAGUUGUAACACAUAGUUUUAACUUACUGGCUCCAUAAUCUUAUACUAGCUACCAGGAGCAUGUCUAUGUCCAAUUCACUUUCAAGGAUUUUAGCAUUAUUUUAUUUCAAACAUCAUUAUUUGAAUUGACAAUACUGUAUUGAAUU